UGAUCCCGGUGUCCCCAUGCCCCGAAGUGGUCCCCUGGGUCGCCCACUGACAACGACCGGGUCAACCGAAAGAAGUCAUAUUAUACGGACGUCGCCUGUGAGCUGCAGGGAACGAAAGCGUUCAAAAACCCCUUCUGGCUCCUCCUCCCCUGGAGCGUCCCUGCCCCGAGGACUUGCGCAAUCUCUCCGUCCCUCUCUGUCCGUGCACUCCGUCGCCUUCGCUGCGGACGAAUCAGGUCGCCGAGCGAGCGGGCCCUUCGGCCUCUGCAUUCCCCCUAGGUUUCUCCGACGACGACGACGACGACGAUCGAGGGAUUCCCCGAUGCCUGUGCGUGACGCUCGGUGCUCGUGAAGGAGGAGGGAGAGAGAGGGGGGGAGGGGAGGGGAGGGGGGCGGGGGCGGAAAAGGCUAAAGAUGCUCCCGGAGCUAGGAGGCGGCGCCGAUCGCUGCCCUUCCCUGGAGAUGCUCCUCGUCAUUGCCGCUCUGGCCUGCGUCGACGGUGCGCUGGCGCUCCUCGCCUUCUCUCAGGUUGUGCGGAUUCAUCUACGAGAUCAGGAAGCUGGAUGGACUCGUCAGAAAGUGCUUCACCUGAUGAUUGGAUCAUCCAACUUGGGUUAUUUCAUGUUUUUCGUGCUUACAGUAGUUGCGAGUUGUGAGAGAUGGUUCUGCUGGUCCCAUAUGUGUGGAUUUAUCUUCAUGGCCUAUCCAAGCAUUCUAUUUCUAGCAGCAUUCCUUCUGCUCCUGUCUUUCUGGGUCGACUUUUGCCAUCAGGCAAAGGAUGAAGGGGAUGGUGAUGAUAAUGAAGGGAAUAAUAUGCAGCAGGCCUUGUUGGCAAAUUCAGUGAUCAGACAAGACUGGUCGGAUGAAGGAAAUGGUUGCAAAUGUUGGUCAUUCAGAAGUAUUGAAGUUGAAGGCCGGCAAAAAUUUGUUGCUGUGGUUAUCAUGCUAGUAUUUGUCCUAAUGAUAGCGUUUGCUGUUAUUAUCUGGAUUGGCAAUGGGAACAAUCCUAUUGAUUCUCUGUCAAUUGCUGAGGUCUAUACACAGCUUAUUGCAGUAGCAUUCCUUUUACUUGGGGGAGCUAUAGUUUGUUAUGGUAUUGCAUUGUUCUUAAAAUUAAGGGAAGUACGGUCGGAGAGUGCUUCAGGUGAUAUGUGGAAGGUGGCUGGUUUAGCAGCUGUCUGCGUGAUGUCUUUUACGUCAAGUGCUUCUGUGGCUUUAUCUACAGAAACUCCACUAUUCUAUAGUUUGCCCCUCUGGGAUGUUAAAGGAGUAAAGCCAUCACUUCUUCUGAUUGUUUACCUUUUUAUAGGUUCAUCAGUGCCAUCAGCCUUUCUCUUAUGGGUGAUGAGAGAAUUGCCACGUCCAAUCACAUCAAAUACUGAAGGGGAUCAUGCAACAGUAACGUUUAUAAGUUAUGGUGCAACAGUUGCACGUCCUUCCAAUCAAUGGGCUGCUGCAACUAGCUCAAGAAACCAGGUUGCUUGCUAGUCCAUCAGGUUUUUAGGGGAGAAGGAGAUUAGUUGACCGCAUGCCCUAGUCACUGGAAGGAAGUUCCAUAUGGCGAUUAUGGCCCACGUGGCAUGGUAUUUGCUUUUGCAUUGCUUUGACAAAUUCCAAGAAGGAAAUGCCAGGUGACCAAGAAUGGGGCUCUGCCAUGCUUCUGGCUUUGAUGUUGAGUGUCACGGGACGGUUCUCCGACUCUUAAGGAUCCAAAAA